GUGUAAAAUUCUAACCAAAAUUCUUUAAUUGUACACCUAGGCAACCGGUGUGGUCUGUUGAACUGCUUGCUGAGUUCGAAUGCUUUACUUGCUCAUCGCCAUUUUUGCUUGGCGCUCGCUUCGGUUGCAACGCGCGACUGCUCUGUGUGCUGUGCUUGAUCCGUUCCCCUAGCUAGAGCGUCCACGGUGUCGUUCAUUUAUAGCUAGCUAACAGGGAAUCUUUUGCUGAACCAAUAAAAGUUUCCCUGCAACUCGAUCCGUCUUCUGGAAUCGCUCUCUGGGCUCCCGGAAUAGGCAACCCUCUAAAUUGGUGACCCCGGAUCCGGAACAAUCUCAACGCCGGAUAUUUCGAACUUUUCUCCGGUGAGCUCGUUCCAUUUAUUUUUCAUAUUUUCCGGUUUAUUUUUGCAUACGGUAGCCUAUUUUUUCGCGUCAUUUUUUCAAAUCAUGGAAUCUGUAGACCAUAAGGUAGAGUCUAUGCUUAGUGUUGUAUCUCUCUCUGUUCCACCUUUUUGGGACACGGAUCCUGUUUUGUGGUUCGCUCAUCUGGAGGCUGAGUUUUACAACCACAGAAUCACUUCCGACUACGCGAAGUACUGCAAGCUCCUGUCCUAUCUCCCCAAGGAGAUAUCAAUGCAGGUUCGUGACGUCAUCAUUUCUCAGACCGAAAACCGCUAUGAGGCUCUCAAGGAAGCCACGAUUAAGCGUGUUAUGCCCUCUGAGAAAGUUCGCCUGCAGCAGCUUUUCAGGGAUCUGCAAUUGGGCGACAAACUGCCCUCAACCCUGCUACGCGAGAUGCAGCAACUCCUUGGUUCAUCAACCAUGGACGAGACUUUACUUCGCGAACUAUGGCUACAGCGGCUACCGGAAAACACACAAGCGAUUCUCGCUACAGUGAGCUCCGUUCCGCUCACUCAACUAGCAGACUUAGCGGAUCGAGUUAUUGAACGAUCACAGCCACAGGCCAACGCCAGCAAGGUCCAUGCCGUCGCGUCCCAGGGCACUUCUAUCACUGGCUUACAGUCAACUAUAGAAGCCCUGCAAACACAAGUCGCGACACUUAGUCGCCAGGUCCAGCAGCUUACUAUGACCCGUCGUCGUCCUAGCCGCUCAACAUCGCCCUGCAAACGUUCUAAGUCUAGCAACAGGCAAGCUAGCUGUUGGUACCAUCAGCGUUUUGGUACCGCAGCUCGUAAAUGUGUAAAGCCUUGCAACUUCGCCGAGAAGCAGGGAAACCUCGG